AUGAAAUUGUACUGCCUGAGCAGUGAUGCGGCGAAGCCAUGCUUUGUGCUCUCAUUCAAAGAACUUAUGAUAAUGUUAGACUGUGGACUUUCGGCACAUUCAGUGCUGAACUUCCUGCCACUACCGCCUGUGCCCAGCACCCGCCUUGCAUCUCUUCCCAAUUACACACCACCACAUGUCAAUGAUCCACUUUUAGAAGGAGAGCUGAAGGAAUGUUGUGGCAGAGUAUUUGUAGAUAGUAUUCCAGAAUUUUGUCCACCACUUGAUAAGGUGGUUCUACCUGGAGGAGCUGUGCGCGUGGCUGGCGGCGGCGGCGGCGGCGGCGGCGGCGGCGGCGGCGCGGCGGCGCGGCGCUGGAAGGAGCUGCUGCACGUGCUGCCGCCGCCGCUGGCGCACGCCGCGCGGCCGCGCGCCUGGCGCCGCCUGUACGCGCCGGCCGCGCUGGCCCGCGCCUUGGCGCGCGUGCGCGUCGUGGGCUACGACGAGCGCGUGCCGCUCUACGGCGCGCUCGACGCCACGCCCGUCAGCUCGGGCUUCUGCCUCGGCUCGGCCAACUGGGUGCUGCGCACGGCGCACGAGAAGAUCGCCUACGUGAGCGGCUCCAGCACGCUCACCACGCACCCGCGCCCCAUCAACCAGGCGGCGCUGCGCGGCGCCGACGUGCUGCUGCUGGCCGCGCUCACGCAGACGCCGGCGCACAACCCGGACCACAUGCUGGGCGACCUGUGCGUGCACGCGGCGGUGACGCUGCGCGGCGGCGGCUCCGUGCUGCUGCCCGUGUACCCGUCGGGCGUGCUCUACGAUCUGCUGGAGUGCCUCUCGGCGCACCUGGACGGCGCGGGCCUGGCGCACGUGCCGCUCUACGUGGUGUCGCCGGUGGCCGACUCCUCGCUGGCCUACAGCAACAUCCUGGCCGAGUGGGUGUCGGCCGGCAAGCAGGCGCGCGUCUACCUGCCCGAGGAGCCCUUCCCGCACGCGGCGCUCGUGCGCCAGGGCCGGCUGCGGCACGCGCGCUCGCUGCACGACGACGCCUUCAGCGCCGACUUCCGACAGCCGUGCGUGGUGUUCUGCGGCCACCCGAGCCUGCGCUUCGGCGCCGCCGUGCACCUGGUGGAGCUGUGGGCCAACAACCCCGCGCACGCCAUCAUAUUCACCGAGCCGGACUUCCCGUACGCGGAGGCGCUGGCGCCGUUCCAGCCGCUGAGCAUGAAGGCGUUCCACUGCCCCAUCGACACGUCGCUCAACUACGCGCAGGCCAACAAGCUGCGGGGGCGGCGGGGGCGCGGCGGGCGCGGGGCGGCCGCACGUGGUGUGCGAGGGGCCGGUGGCGGUGGUGCGCCGCGCCGCGGCGCGGCGCGGCGCCUGGGCGUGCGGCGGCGCGCGGCGCGCGGCCUGCUGUGCGGCGGCGCGCUGGCGGCGCGCGCGCUGCCCCGCGAGCUGCGCGGCGGGCUGCGCGGCGCGCCGCUGGCGGCGGCGCUGGUGCUGCGCGACGCGCGCCUGGAGCUGGUGGCGCCCGAGGCGGGUGCCACCAGCGGCGGCGCGGUGGCGGCGGGCGCGCCCGACGUGGCGGCGCUGCUGCGCGAGCUGGCGCGCGAGGGCCUGGGCGACGCGCGCCUCGAGGCGGGCGCCGACGGCUGCAUCGUGCACCUGCCGCGCCACGACACGCUGCUGCACGUGGAGCGCCACGCCACGCACGUGUUCUGCGAGGGCCGCGCCCACGUGCGCCAGGCGCUGCGCAGGGCCAUCGCCGCCUGCACGCCCCACCUC